GGCAAUUGUUUCGCCGAUUACGGAAGUCUUUGGGUUGCGUGUCGAAAAGAAAAAUUGAAAUAAUUACCACAAAAUGGGACUGUCUUGGCCUUGAACUUGGUAACCAUGGCAAUAGUUCACACCUGUGACCUUUGUGGCCUGUCAUCAAAGAAUGUGUACCUAUUUAAGAGACACAGGAUAAGAUGCAAGAAGGAUCAUGGUAUCAAGAGGGGUAGGAAGAAAACUCAGAUCUCACCAGAAACAGAGGAGGGAGGGACAAGUGUGAGGACCGAUGUGGAAACAGACUCCUCCGCCCUUAUUGAUACAAGCAUUGAAGAACUAGAAGACCCAGUGCCGGAGGGUGCUGAAGAGACCUCUGACACCUCCAGUCAGAAAGACGAAUCAAUCUCAGUCACCACUGAGCUAACAGAGGCAAGCCCUACUUGUCCAGGAGUGAAAAUCGUAAAGAAGAUAUGCCGUAGUUACUCCUGUCCCAAGUGCUCGUUUGAGUCGAAGAGGUCGCGUGACUUUCUGUAUCACUCUGUGGAGGUCCAUAACAGUAGGAUCUCUAUCUAUGCCUGUCAACUGUGUGACUAUUGUUCUCAGUACAGGCAGAAACUGAAGCGACACAUGCACAAGACGCAUGGGCUCAUAGACUUUGAAUAUUCGAAUAUUAAGGGACCAGAACACCAAGGCUUGGUAGGGCCGGAGAAAUUACCUAAGCAUUCUGUCAUAAAACCCGGUUUGAAAGUCAAGGCGGUGUCUAAAAAGUCUCUUGGAAGUAAACAUGGUCUUGGAAAGAAAAAACUGAAAGUCAAGUUUAGACCUAAGCAAAUCUUGAGCGAAUCAGCAAGUGCCUCUGUUUCCAAGGAGAGGCAGGUAUCACCUAGUAACAAGCCUAUUCCACAGAAGACUGAUCAGCUCUCGCGAGUUGUUGAAGAAGUGGUAGGAGAUGAUGGGCAACUCGUGUUUAAAUGUAAGGAGUGCCAGUAUACAGGCGAUGACAAACAGGCUGUGGCUAAGCAUGCAGUCUCCUGGCAUGUUGAUACCAAGUCUUUUUCCUGCUCCUACUGCGACUACAUAACAUUUGAAAGGAAUGACCUCAUUUCCCACAACCCUGUGCACAGAAACGAACACCAGUUUAAAUGUGAUGAAUGUACUUACUCGACAGAUUUCCGACCAAAUUAUGACCGUCAUCUUCAGAACCACAAGGGGAAUUAUCCAUUUAAGUGCACUAAAUGCACUUAUGGCUGUGGAAGCGAUGCUGUCCUCAAGAGACAUUUGUCCAGCAACCACGAUCCUCUUCCUGUUCCACCGCCAGCCAAGAAAAUGAAGCUACAUGUUCCUGUUCCAAAACAAGCCAAUUCAAUGUCAGUUGUGCCGCCACCAUUGGCCAAACCCACUAAAACAUCGCCUCGUCAGAAUUCUGGAGCAAGUGGUUCACCUGUCACAAAGAACGAUAAUAUGCCAGAUUCUCCAAUCAAAAUGGAUGCAGAAACUAUCGCUGAAGUGAAUUCUUACAUCUAUUUUGACCCUUCUAGUGCUUCAAUGGUUCCGAGACCUAGCUUACCUCCCUUUGAUUCUGAAACUGCUACCCAGUUGGCAAGAGAGUUAUCUCCCUCUAGGAAACUCCCACCGAAUAUCAUACAAUAUGUGGAGAAGUCAGAAGACAAGCUGGUUUGUCCAGCGUGCAAACUGAAAUACAAGAGGUCUUCAGAUUUAAACCGACAUAUGAAGACGAAACACGGUUGCAAAUUGAGGGAGUAUUUGGAAACUCAUACCGAUUCUGAUGUUUUUGGUUCUGAUGCUGCUAAAUGGGCUGAUUAUAGCGAUGCAUUGAAUGAUAUAGAAAAUGAUGAUGAUGAGGAGGAGGAGGUGGAGGAGGAGGAUGAUGAUGAUGAUGAUGAAUAUUUUACCUCACUAGAGAAAGGGAAUAAGGAUGAUGAUGAAGAUAUUGCAGUUUCUGCUGAGAAACUAAAAUGUAAGUACUGCAACUACCAAGCUAAAUGGAUCAGUGAUCUGAAAAGGCAUUUCAGCUGUCAUUCCCUUGAGAAACGCUACAAAUGCAAUUUUUGCCCUAAGAAGUAUAAGUACAGAAGUGACCUUAAUGUUCAUGUUAGGAAGGAGCAUAAUCGAGAGCCCAGUGGGGAGGUGAAGGUUGUUAAAGUUGCGACCAUGCCCAGAAAGAAAACUUCACCAGCGAUGUUUAAAUGUCCUUGCUGCACCUACAUUUCACCUUGGAAAUCCGAGAUUGACCGACAUUCUCGUAUUCACAACACGGAGAAAACUUUCCAAUGUAACAACUGUGAGUACCAAACUUACUGGAGAAGCGACAUCCGCAGACAUAUUUACAAGAAACACCCAGAAAUUAUGGCUGAAGGAUUGACAUUGAAUGAUGUGAUUAUCACUAGAAAAGUCUCCCCUCCUGCAAUUGUUGUCACUACAGAUGACAAAACAAAAGGAGAUGCCAGUAUGUUAUCUUCAGAGGGAGAGUCCUCAAGGGAGACGACUCCAGUAAAAUAUGGAUCAAGGGAAACAACUCCUGAAGUCAACAUGAGCGAUUAUAUUACAACAACGCACACUGGUCAUUCACCAACACCCUCACCUAUUAAGGAGGUAGGAAAGGGUUGGUAUAAGUGCCAAUACUGUGGAUUUGAGACUAAUGCUCCUUCGAAGAUGAACGCCCAUAUUGCCACACAUACAAAUCUGAAGAGAUACAUGUGUCCAAUCUGUGGUCGCCGAGCAAACUGGAAAUGGGAUAUUGCAAAACAUAUCAAGUUAAGUCAUCGGGAUGAAACCACGCAGGUGAUCAAACUGAGCAAGAAAGAGGCUGAGGACACUAUUCAAGUUUACAUGGAGGCAAAUCCUGUUGUGAGAAGAGACCAUCACCUUAAUCUCACCCCAGAAAGAGAAUUGACAGAAAAGAGUGUAUACUUCAAGUGCCCUUUCUGCAGUUUUUCUGAUGAGCGAAGAAUUUCAGUGAAUCGUCACAUGAGGUCUGCGCAUGAAGGUCAAGAGGGAACUGUGGUAGUUCUUGCCAAGAAAGAAAAACAUUCUACAACAGAAGUGAAAACCUCGACCCAGACGACAUCCACUCCAAUACAGAUGCAUACCCCAAGCAAAUUUAUGCAUCUUGUUGACAAUAAAAGCCCACAAGAUGUUGCAAGACCUUUCAUGUGCUCUGAAUGCGGUAAAAGAGGAGCAACUAAAGGCGAUGUGAAGAAACACUACCAUUAUGCUCACUCAGAUAAAGAAAUAAGGAUUGUCUAUCUGGGGGAUGGUUCACAAAGUGUCAUCCCUGCUAAUCAUGAAGCAAGUAACAAGUCUUUGGAAAGCAAGCCACAGUCACAUUUUCAUGAAACAACGUCUGUAAUGACUUCUACACAAGAUAUGCCAGCUCCAAAAGCAGGGCCCUCAAAGGACCCAAAGAAAAUAGGUUACAUUCGACCAUUUCAGUGUGGGCUUUGUGGUCGCAGGUCGAACUGGAGAUGGGACGUCAACAGGCAUAUUCGAGAGAGACAUCCUGACAUGGUUGGUAAAGUGAAAAUCAUUGAGCUGUCUGAAGAUGAAGCUAGGGCCACUAUUGAAAAAUACACUAAGGAACAGUUACCUACCUUGAACAGAACUGCUUUCUCAGUCCCUAGAAAGAGGCAUUCAGUUUUUUGGGAUAAGUAUAAUAGUAAGUCUUUGAAUUCCAGUCAGUCUGAAUCUGACAGCUCAUUUAAUAAUUCCAGUUUUUCUGAAAUGAACACAUCGCAAAACAGUGUUGAUAAAAGCAGUGUAGCCAUGGAAACACAACACAGCCUUGACCUUUCCCAGCCGGUGUUCCCAGGUCAUCCAGCUAGAACGUUUCAUGAAAAUAUGCAAGUAUCUUCUACUAAUACCAGUACUUCCCCAAGAAAUACUUUUGCUGAUGCAUUAAAGAGAAACACGUAUAAGCAGUACAAAUGCUCAGGGUGUUGUUACAGAUCUGAUUACAGAGGCGAUAUAAUGCGGCACUUGGUGAGAAGGCAUGGUCCAAACAGAGCGAAGGUGGUGAUUCUAGACAAGGAGACAGCUAUGGCAACUAUUGGAUCCUACAAAUACAGCAAGCAUGAGGCGGACAAGGCGGAAAGGGCCGCAGCCAAGGGGGAGAUCUACCACCCUUCUCCGCCCAGGACCUUUACACCCGCAGGGCCACUGCCAAAAGAGGCUUGGGCGGGGUUGGAGAAGAAACUAUGGAAAUGCAGCAUGUGUCCUUACUCCGAUGAAGACAAGGUUGAUGUUCUAAAGCACCUGUCGAAGCAUAACAUGAAGGCUUACAAGUGUGGCAACUGCAACUGGACCUCGAAUUUUAAAUCCGCUGUGGACAGGCAUAUUCAGAGCAAGCAUGACAAGACUGAGGGAGCUAUGGCCAGGCUUAACAUCAAGCUGAUUAAGGAAGGACCUGGAUUAGAUCAGACUGGUAGGUCCAUUAUGCCUCAGGGGAUGGCCACUGGGGAGCCCAAUGCAAUCUCAUCAGAAAUCGAGGCUCCUGUGCCAGUCACAGGGCAAGAGUCUAUGACAAAUCCCCAAGCUGUUAUGUCAACUGCCGUUUUUCACUGUAAAUUGUGUAAUCAUAGUUCUGUCUGGAGGUCUUGUGUGAGUAGGCAUCUCAAGUCGGUCCACAAGGUGAAGGAUUAUGUGGCAAACAUUGUGAAGAAAAUAGUCCGCACCAAUAGAUCUGAUGGUCAGCCAGGAUCUCUGAAAGAUCAACAAGUCUGGGCAAGGCCGAAGAACUUCUCCUGCCACAUGUGUCCAUACAAGACAUACAAGGGAAAGAUGCUGAACUUUCAUAUAUCCUGUCAUAAGCCCCAGCCAGGUGUAAAACAGGUGAAGUGUAAAUACUGCCCAUAUUAUGUGAGCAGUAACAGACUGCUGACACAGCAUGUAUAUUUGCACCUGAACGAGUUUAAGAACAGCCAAGAGUCGCAGUACCCUGUUACACCAGUGAAGAAUAAAUCGGGAUCCCCGGCAGUUGGUGUGCGUAGAAGCCCUCCGAUUAACAAGAGGCACCGAUGUGAGAAGUGUCCUUACUCGACAAACAGCAAAAACGACUUCUUGUACCACAAGCAAUUUCACAGGCCAAAGCCGACUGCUGAUUACAAGUGUGAUUAUUGCGACUACUGGGUUUCCCAUCGAAGAUUGAUUAAGCAGCACAUGAAGGUACAUGAAGAAGGGUACUCUGUUGAAACUAGUGAUGUAGAAGUCACUCCAUCCAAGUCUGACUAUUCAGAAAACUCACUGGUGUAUGAUACCGUGGAAAUUGCAGCUAUAAAGCAGAGAAUCAUUGCGUCAAAGAUAACGCCAACUAUUUCCUCCAGUCCAUUGGUUUCACCCAUGAAGAUAGCUUCUACUUGCUCCAUGGGAGGAAAACGGGGAUUUCUACGCAAGGAUGGAACAUAUAGGAAGAUUCACCAGUGUCGGCACUGUCCAUACAUGAAUCUGAAGCUAAGAAAUAUGAGGUUACAUGAGCUGAUGCAUGGGAAGAGAUCGUCAAGAAAUCCACUUAUGAAAUGUCCGAUGUGUGAUUAUUAUGUAGCCUCCAGAGGACUUUUAGGACAGCAUAUGAAGGUCCAUCGGCCCAAUUACGGACAUGAAUUCCUUCAGCAUGGCAAUAUGAGAAUGGGUAAUGAAAGUGUGGGCAGUGAAGACUCUGAGGUUGAUAAUAGUAUCUCCCUAGAGAAGAAGAUUGAAACUCUGUUGCAGAUUACAAGGUUUAAAAAGUUUGGCUGUGAAAAGUGUCCUUAUGCAAGUUCUAAACGAGCCAGGUUCCAAAGACAUGUUGAGCUUCAUGGCAGCAAGCAGAAGUUUAAAUGUGACUUCUGUGACUACUCUGUGCCCACUCAGAAUCUUUUGAAUCAGCAUACGAGAUUGCAUUUCGAGCCGAACCAGAAUUUGCUGGCUGCCCAGUCCAUCCUGAACCUUCAGUGCCUUCCGGAAAUGCCUGCUGAUGUUGCUCUGGCCAGCAUGAUGGCCAAUAAAGAUGCGAAAAAUCCAGUGAGCAUCACACAUGAUCACAUUGAGUUGUACGAAAACCAGACAGAAGAUUUGGAGCCCAAGAAAUUAUACCGAUGUGACAGAUGUCCGUAUGCAAAUGUUAGACGCGAUCACUUAUUGGCGCAUCUGCGAUGUCACAUGGUGAAGCAUGAGUUUGCUUGUCCUUAUUGCGAUUACAGUGUUGGUAAGACUCAUGUCCUAGUCCAGCAUGUAAAGGUCCACUUCAGUCCACUCCCAGAGUUGUCAGAAUGGUUAGCUGAAAACGGUGACACAGAAAGAAUGAAAGAACUCAAAGGGAAGAAUUAUGUAGAAGCUAUAGAGGUUGUCAAGCUUUUCCAUGAUGGUAAGAAGAUGGAAAUUAAUGUGAAAGCUGUUAUAGCUGGUAACAGUGAUAGUGCUGAAGUUGAAAAUAACAGUACACAAAAGAAGAAAGAGAAUGAACAAACAGCAGCUGAUGCUAAAAGUGAAUCUGACAUUGUAGAAGAUAAUAAAUCAGCUCCAGAUGAAAGCAAAGCUAUGGAAAUUGAGGACAAUUCUGAAACCAUCAAGGAGGGAUCCACUAAUGAUGAUGAUCAAUCAAAGGAAGUUAAUGACAACAAUAAAAGCGCUACUGAUAUGGAAGUUGAAAAUACUGACGAAGGAGAAAAGAAGCUUGAAGAGAAAGAUGUUUCCAUGUAUGUGUGUCGAUACUGUGACCGAGAGUUUCCCGGCUCUGACAGCCUCGUGGCCCACGAAGUUAAACACCUUAUUGGAAAUAACUAUGAGGAGCUGCUGACUCAUUUUCCAUAUGUAGCUGACCAGCCAAGUAGCAGUAACCAUGUGACAGAAAGUGAAGGGAAUGCUGGGAAUACGAGUGAUGAAAGUGAGGCUAGCAAAAAGUCAGAUGCACAAGAGGAUUGUGGGAAGGCUGAAAAUGGCAAUGGACAAAAACUUGUCGAGGAAAACAUGGAAGUUGAAUGAAAAGACUUAUUUGCUGUGUAAAAAUUAUUUAUUCUGUAUAUUUGUAUCUAAGAUACAAACUUAUUUAAUCAUAGUUGGCGAUAUAAAUUAUUCUCCAGACAAACACACAUUUUUGUUGUGAUUAUACAUCAACUUUUUCUUUUAUGAAUGCUUUGGAUUUGGUCAAAUGCCAUUGACACCGUAUCAUAUUUGUAAUUUGUUUGUAAACAAUUGUACACUUCUAUUGAAUUUAACAAGCAAUUUUCUGUAUUUCAUUCAAAUCAUGCACAUGUAUGGAAAACCUCAUAGUCUGAUAGCCAUGACUGACCAAUUCUGUUAUGCUCCAUAUAUGAGUAGAGAGAAACAGAAUGGGUCAAUUGUGGGUACCCAAUAAGAGAAAAACCUAUGUUACUUAUUAUUGUAGCAUUAUAUUGUUCAGCCAAAUGUUAUUAAAUAAAACACAAGGUAUUCAAUUAAGUGUACUUGAAAACCGCUUGAACGAUGCUCUGCUUGAUUAUCAUUUAUAGAUGGUUAAUUGUGCAGAAUUAUUGCUGUUCUUAGAAUUAAUGCUGAAUUGAUUUAAUAUAUAUUAUAGAAAAAGAUAUUAUGCAAGUUGUCUGAUAGAUGUUGUUAGUGGUAUGCAAUGGUGUUAGCUAUGGUAUCUGAUGUACAGUUAUGUGAGUUUUAGGAUGCUUGGGGACUCCAUAUUAUGUUUGUAUCAUUUAAAAGGGUGUUAUGUGUAGAGAGGGAAUCCAUCUAAAUUUUACAGAAAAAAUAUUAUAAAUAAGCUUCUUUGGAAAAAUUGGUCCAAUCAUGUCCAAUUUCAGUCCAACUAUUGAGCAUAAAUACAAACGAAGAUAACUUAAUAUAUAUUGUAAUUAAUUGACGUUUUUUGGAGUUGCCAGGCAACAAAAUUGAACAUUAUUUGUAUGAAUUGAUGAAAUAACAUGUGUAUUUGUACAUUGGAUAACCAAAAUUGUAAAAUUCAAUUUGAAAUUUUAGGUAGACUUUUUUUUUUUAAGCAAUUGGUAUCAAUGGUCGGAUCGUACGUCACGUGCAUCUGCUUAAACAAUUCCAUGCAGUCUAGGAAAGAAAAGUUACUUUCAGAAAUGAACCUUUACCAUGCAUGCAAUGAACAUGGAGUUGUUGGUUAUGCUAUUGCUUUUUAUGGAAAUAUGUCCGGGGGGGGAAAGAAAUGUAAAAAAUCAAAAAUACCUGGUUUGUUGAUGUUUUCUUAGUACGCAUGUAAUCAUUUCAGCCGGUGCGUGUGAUGUACUUUCCUACCAUUGGGUAUCCACUGUUGCAUAUUUGUUAACUUAAGAUUUUUUAAUGGUGCAUGUGUUUUUGGAAACUGUUGAAUCAUUAUGAAUUUAUUUUUCUCUUAUAAUGUUGUAUUGUUAAGCUUAAAUCUGUGAUUCAGUCCUAUUUGUAUAUUACAAAAGGAAAUGUAUGAUACGAAAUGAAUUAAGUUCAGCAUAAUAUUACGAUAUGUUAUAUCAUAUGUUACACUAUAUGCAUAUACAGAGAGAAAAAGGUUGAAGAUUUCAUUUUAGUAAUCUUGUCAUUUCAAUUUAGAAUGUGUUUUUUUGAUUGCCAGGACUAACAGAAAAUAACACUGAUCAAAGUAUAUUUAAUUUCUGAUCCUUGUAUGUCAUUUAUUUGUAAUAAUAUCAAGUUGUAUUUAUUUUUAUCUCAUUUGUGAGUUUGAUCAACUUUUUUUCAUUUUCAUUUUCUUAUUUUCAUUUACUUAACAAGCAUUUGGCAAUUUAUUUAACUGAACAAUCAUAUUGGCAAUUUCCUUCAUCUGAACAGCCAUAUUGGCAAUUUCUCUUAAUUGGUAUUUCUUUCUCAUCUGAAAAAUCAUAUUCACAAAAACUUUAACAAGGGGAAUAAUUUCAUUGUGAUCAUUUAUAUAAAUCAUGUUAUAAACAAUUCUGUAAAUAAACUGCUGGGAGCUAUUA